AUGAAUCAGACAAGUAUGGAGGAGCUCCUGGCAGCGAACGCGGCUGCCGCCCAGGAACUCCGCGGUGUUGCCGUGCUGGAUGUGCCUGCCUUCGACCCUGAUGGCCCUCUGCGGACGUCCAGCAGCAACAGAAAUGACAGCAGUGCGAUGAUGUCCGAGGCGAUGCGACGACGCGCGAACGUGCUGUGCCGAGCCCUGUACCCACGUACUGCACCACCCUCCACCGCCGCCGUCGCGACAUCCUCCAAUAGCGGCGUCGAAGCAGAUGCCGCUACGCAGACCGAUCCUUCCGUCCGCGAUGUAGUACGUCAAGGUAUCUUGGCCGUGGUUAGCAACACAUCCGGUGAAGGGGCCAGCAAGCCCUCUGCGUCGGCGAGCAGCGGCGUGCUGACGUACAAGCGGGCUCGCGACGGUGACGACAUUCUGUCGGUGAAUCCGGAGCAGCUAAAGGCCCGCAGCGCUGUUGUUGUGUCGAAGGCAGCCGCGGAGGAGGCGGACGCGCGGAAGUACUCUCCUCCGCCAAAGUGGAGGCUGGCAAAGGUGCUUGUUGGCCAUCAAGGCUGGGUCUGGGCGACGGCUGUAGAGCCUGGCAACAAGUGGUUUGCGACCGGCAGCUUUGAUGCCAUCAUCAAGGUAUGGGAUCUCGAAACAGGGGUGCUCAAGAUGAACUUGACGGGGCACAAGGAGGCCGUUCGGUCUAUCUCGCUCAGUAAGGUGUCUCCGUACAUGUUCAGCGGCAGCGACGACCACUCCGUCAAAUGCUGGGAUCUCGAGCGCAACGAGGUGGUGCGCGAGUUUUUUGGACACAAGAGCGCAGUGCACUGCGUCGCGGCCCAUCCGUCAUUGGAUGUGGUCAUUAGUGGCAGCCGCGACAACACGGUGCGUGUCUUUGACCUGCGCUCCCGGGCUGUCGUGCACACGAUGUUGGGACACACCGACAGUGUGAUGUCGCUGGUGGUGCAGCAGGAGGAGCCUCAGGUGAUCUCCGGUGGUAGCGAUGGGUUCAUCUAUCUAUGGGAUUUGGCGUCCGGCAAACCGCUUCAGCGGCUCACGCGUCACAAGAAGCCGGUCCGUGGACUGGCCUUCACCGCCGCCGGCGACGCGCUCGUGUCGUGUGGUGCCGACGAGGUGCGUGUAUGGAAGCUGCCGUCAGGCGACUUUGUCACGAACGCCAGCACGCGCGUUCUCGAUGACCACAAAAGCAGGAGUGCCACAAGCGCCUCCGCGAAUGGUGCUGACGAGGUGGGAGAGUACUCGUACCGGUGGAGCUGCUGCGCAGUGAGCCCACGCAAUGUGUUGGCCGUCGGCAGUCAAGAUGGCGAGUUGGCGUUUUAUGAUUGGAACAUUCCGCAGCCGAGGCGAGUGGCGGGGAAGCACUACGCGCCGUACCAGUGGACGAAAACAAAGUCGCUGCCAGGUACGCUGCACGGUGAGGGCGGCAUCAAUGCUAUCACCUACGACGUCUCGGGCACUCGCCUCAUCACGGCAGAGAGUGACAAGAGCGUCAAGAUAUGGCGAAUGCGCGACUAA